GUCAUAUCUUAUAGAAAUGGCCUCAUAUCCGUCGUCAUUCAUACCAAAUGACCUUUCCCCGCAAGCUUGACGAAAAUAGGGCUGCUCCUAACAACAUACCGCAGAGGGUGUCGGAUGAUCGAAGUUUUCACUAAGAGGGAUUUGAAAAGGGCCACAUCCAAAAUGAACCUCCGACUGGAAAAGAAAAGUGCUUCGACCUGUAUCUCAAAGGGAAUAUCCGUGGAAGCAUCUCCGGAUUCAAAAUGCCCCAUUUGCCUGGAUCGAUUUAAAAACAUGGCCUAUCUAGACCUCUGCCUUCACAAAUUCUGCUUCCGCUGCAUCCACGAAUGGUCCAAAAACAAGGCAGAGUGUCCCCUAUGCAAGCAGCCCUUCAACUCCAUCUACCACAGCAUAAAGGCGGAGAACGACUUCAAGACCUAUGACCUCCGCCCAACUGAUAGCGGUUCCUUCGGUACCCUCGGAGGACGGCGGUUCAGGUACCGCACCACUCUGACCGGUGAUCGUAGGCCGUCCAAUAGAAGGACGUCCCCGCCCCCAGACCACGGGGUCAUGUUCGAAGGUCUGACCAGCUCCGCUCCUUCACAGCAAGACAGAGGCCUUCAUCGUAUGAUGAUGAGGCUGGCGGCCAGACGUCGGGCGCAUGACGAGGGAAGGGCAGUGCGAAGCCUACGUGAACAGGAGAUGAUCAAGUUUAGACGCGCGCUCUACAGGAGGGGUUUCCGAGUGCGGGGCGUGCGGGACGGUGGGCGGAGCAGGGACACUUCGGCAGAGUUCUUCCAGAGGAACCCGGCGUGCCUCCACCGGCUGGUGCCUUGGCUGAAACGAGAGCUCACCGUCCUGUACGGCGCUCACGGGUCCCUGGUCAACAUAGUGCAGCACAUCAUAAUGACUCAGAUCACCAGGUUCGACAUGGAGGACCAGGCUCUCCAUGACGAGCUCAGACCUUUCCUCCAGGCUCGGACCGAGCACUUUAUGCACGAAUUCCUCAGCUUUGCCCGAUCCCCGUUUAACAUGGAGGCCUACGACCAGCACGCUGUUUACGACUGCCCGGCGCCGUCCCCGGGUGACGGGGGCAGCUCAGAUUCCUCCGUUAUAGCCAUUUCGGAGGACGAAAACGACUCCGUGGAAUCGGGUCCCCAGACGAACGCGGCCGCCGGGGCCACGCUGAGCCAGACGCCGUGGGACGACGAGACACCGGGGCCCUCGUACUCGACUGAGCCCUCACAGGUUUUAACCGUUUCCGUCCCGGAUUCAGACACCGAAAGCAGCACGGAGGAAGAGGCGGGAGUUUCAGACGCCGUUCCAUGCACGAAGGCCACCGCCGCAAACGAUGAAGAGCACGCCUCGUCUGGCGAGGACGACUGCGUCAUCAUCGGCUACGUCAAGCCGACGGCGGAGCGGACGCCGGAGUUGGUUCAGCUGUCCUCUGAUUCGGAGGAGUCAGUUCAGGACGAGGGCUCAGCAGUCCCACAAAAACCCCAACACAUCCGCUUCACUUCCGAACCUGGCACACCCUCCCCUCAUAGCUCCACCACUCAAGACAAGUCAGCCCACAGGCCGAGACAGCCUCCACACAGAUCUGACAAAAACAGGAGCAGUCGUUCACCCGACGCUUUGACAUCGCCAGACAGACAUCAGACGCCCAAGUCAACCGAGGGUAAGACCCACGAACGUGAGGAGAAAAGGCGCGACGUGAGAGACAGAACUAGGGAGAGGCAGAGAUCGAGAUCUAGAAGCAGAAACCGUUCCUCUCGUGGUAACAGGAGGGAUUCUCGCUCUCAGAGCAGAGAGUACCACGACCGGAGACGCGAGAGAGAGAGCGUUCGAUACGGACACGGUCACGGUCACGGUUCUUUGUCCCACUCGUACCACUGGCACUCCUACAGCCACUACAGCUGGCAGAGGGACAGCAGCAAAAGCGUUUAUACGGAAAAGAGAUCGUCUUACACCAGUUGUUUCCGGAGCCCGGAUCGCUGGAGACGGCCUUGCUCCCGAAGCAGGAGCCGGAGCCGGAGCAGGGAGCCCCACCGCAGGGAGAGACGACGGUCCAGGACCCGAUCCGGUUCUAAAUCCCCCUCAUCUCACCGCAGGUCACAGCACGAGAGGCCCGGCGGGAAAAGGAAAUACAAAACAAGGCAUUUGGAGGGACCUCCCGGAGACGACCGCUCUAAACCAAACGCGGAGUCGUCCGCGGACGGCCGUCACAAGGAGAAGAAGAGGAAUAAAGAGAAACAUCGCAAAAAAUCCCGGGAGAAGUCGUCAAAGAGGAGCAGGAGUCCGAGCGUGGAAAUCGUCUACGAGGGCAAAUCAGCGGAAAGCAGCAGGAGGCACCACAAAAAGAAGAAGAAACAUAAGAAAAAAAGCAAGAGGCAUAAAAGUCGGGAACGGACAGGGAAACGUUCGCCUACAGUCAUCACCAUAGACAGUGACAGCGACCAGGCCGCUGAUAACACAGAGCCUGCUUGCUCAGCCGCUGGAAAAAGUGACACGAUUCAUUCUGCCAAGUCUGCCUUAGGUGACACUACAGACGACAAGCUUUUGGAAUCAGUUCUGCAAGACUGGGAGCAACAUAUACCGCCUGUCGUUACAGACAGUCGCGCAGACGACGUGAAUCAACAGCCAUCCCUAAUCGACACAAACCAGUACAACCUGUCACAAAGUAAACACGAGGAAUCCAGCGUUGACCAGUGUUGA